AUGGAUCUGAACGCGACCGCGGAGAACAUGGCUCGUGACCUCAAAGAUCUCAAGGUGGAUUAUGUUUUUUACGCCGCGUAUUUGCAAAUGGACACUGAGGAGGACAGCACUCGCGUCAAUGGCGAUAUGCUGGCCGCAUUCUGCAACGCGCUCGAGAUUAACGGUCUUGCACCCCGUAUAAAGCGGUUCGUCCUUGUCUGCGGAGCCAAACAGUACGGCGUUGCCCUUGGACGCACCAAGAUUCCCAUGAUUGAGGAGGAUCCCUGGCAUGCUACAGCGCUUCUACUUUUGAUACCAUUCGCGGGUAAUCGCAUUCUGCACGACUUUACCAAAAAGCACGGCAUUGGCUGGAACGUAACCUACUCGAACGAAGUGCUCGGCUUCGCCAGAGGCAACUUUAUGAAUUUUGCCAGUGCCAUUGCCCUUUACGCCGCUGUCUGCAAGGAGAUGGGCACCGAGCUGGUGUUCCCUGGCGCCGAAGAAUUUUACAAGAACGUCACUGUCUUCACUGAUGCCGGUCUGCACGCGCGCUUCUGUCGUUGGGCGGUGCUUGAGCCCAGGGCGGCGGCCAACGAGGCAUUCAGUGUCACAAACGGUGACGUCGAGUCCUGGAUGAACCUCUGGCCGCGCGUGGCCAAAUACUUCGGGCUCACGGUGCCGGCGGAUCAGUUCCUGCGCCCUACACCACUGGCGGACGAGAGGGCAUUGGUGCCGAACCCCCCUCUGUCCGUCCAAGCUGAUACCAUCGGCUUGAAGGAUCGUACGCCGCAGAGCUCCAUUCGCACGCGUGUGAGCCUGGUCAAGUGGUCGCAGGACAAGGAUGUGCAGGCGGCAUGGAAGAAGCUGAGCGAACGUGAGGGCCUUGACUCUUCGGCGCUGGAGAAGGCGUCUUGGGCAUUUGCCGACUGCGCCUGGGGCCGUGAUUACAACGUUGUGCUAAGUAUGAGCAAGGCUCGAAAGUUGAGCUGGACUGGUUACUGCGACACCUGGGAAAAUAUGAGCAGCAUCUUUGAUACGCUGAAGAAGGAAAAGGUGAUCCCCGAAUAG